AUGGGCACCGUGGGGUUGCUAUGGACACUGGUCACGUGGGUGUGCUGCUGUGCGUACGCUCUGGUGGUCGUACUGCUGCAAAUAGCGGUGUUGGCUUUUGGUAUAGCCUUUACAUGCUUUGCUCACGUCAACCCAGACAUGGCCCGAAGACAAGUUUCGCUUUUGUUUAGCUGGACGUCUCGCCAGGUGCAGUCGUAUGCAAGUCAUCAGGUGCUGGUGGACGCUCUCCAGUCUGCAACGCAAGCGAUCCAACCACUGCGUAUAAUGUUCUGUGACGUCUAUCAAAUGAUUUCUUUCCAAUUGACUAAACCCACGAAUCUAGAGCAAGAUGAUAGACUGGAGGACCAUGGCCCAACUGAUGACAAAUGCGUGAUAUGUCAAGAUCAGCGCAAAACUGCUCUGCUCCUCCCCUGCAAACAUCUGUGUCUGUGCAAGAACUGUAAAAACCACCUGCUGCAAGAGGAGCACGCACACUGCCCGCUCUGUCGGAGGCCCAUCCACCAGACCAUAGAUGUCUAUAUCUGA